AGACUCAGACUUCAAACUCUGUCCCGUGUGAGAUGACUUGGAGUCAGGGCCCUUACAACGGAGCUGGCAGCACUGCUCUUUGGGCGUCUGUUGGCUGGCCAAGCGAUGAAACAGAAGGUUGGUUGCACAACGAGGCAAUGUGUCAAUCUGUGGUCCUGCGUGGUGAAGACUCCAGCCCCCUGGCUUGGCCAGCUCCUCCCACAGGGCUACUCUAUAUGUAUGUGUCCAGGCGGAACUCUUCAUUUAUCCCUGAUUUUUAAGACAACCAGCAUUGUGUUCUCACGGGAGCCACAACAUAGACUGGGAGCAUGGGUGUGAAGCUGCUUGAGUCCCGACUUUGUCUCCUGCUGCUGCCGCCACUUGUCAUCAUGGUUGCCUCGGUCCAGACCCCACGGGGCUUAACCCCUUCCCAGUGGUUUGAAAUCCAGCAUGUGAAUAAUAGGCCCGGCCUCCGAUGCACCGCAGCAAUGCGGGGGGUUAACAACUAUACGAGACGUUGCAAGGACAAAAAUACUUUUCUUCAUACAAGUUUUGCUGCUGUUGUUGGUGUGUGUGGCAGACCAAAUACUCCCUGCAGAAACAGAACACACACAAAUUGUCAUAAUAGUUCGGCUCCAGUAUUUUUAACUUUCUGUAACCUCACAACUCCUGCAAGAAAUUAUACACAAUGCCAAUACCAAACGACACAAGCGACAAUGUUCUACAGAGUUGCUUGUGACAACAGGUCUCCACAAGACAAUGGUACUUACCCAGUGGUUCCGGUUCACUUGGAUUUGAUAUUUUAGCUCUAGAACCAGCCCCACGUUCACAGUGGUGAAGAGCCUAUUCCCCUGCCUGUGCUGCGGUCAGCACCUGUCCUUGUGAAACCUGUCCCCGGUUCCCUCCACAUUUAGCUGAACAGAUCUUUUCUACUCAGUAAACACCUUUGCAUACUCA